UUCAAGAAAACAGCAGACCACGAAGCCAUUCCCAGACUUGCAGGGAUGGGGCCUCCGAAGAAGGCAGGGCUCAUCCCCUACAACCCAUUCCCCAGAGGCCUGCCACUCACAAUCCCGGAGAACGUCUGCUAUUCUGCCAUCUGCCCGCUCAAACUUGGCCAAACUGCAGAGACAAUCGUCAGCACGCUUCUCUGCGAAUUUGGGCUGGAAGCUGAGCCCAUGGUGCAAACCAGCUGCUACGAGCAAGUCAAGCAUGUUUUCCCGCUGAAGGAGAGGCCUCCCGUGGGCUCCUCGAUGUCUGCGGAGCCCUCCUCGAGCCACAGCUUGCUCAACCGCUGGGAAAAAAGGAUAAGCCACUCAAGCUCGUCAGGGGAGAACAACCUACUUGCACACGAAGGGAGCAGCCUGCUUUCCAAGUGGGAGAGCAAACAUUGCAUCUUCAAGAGCAAGAGUCCCGAUCGACUUAAAGAUCUGGAGCUCCUGGCUUGUGCUCAUGUGCCGGACCCCUGUGAGAUCCAGCGGCUGGCCAACCACAUCAUGCUGAGUGUCAUCAAGGAGCUGAUCACGUUCCGGCCCAAAGACUCUUUGGCCUCUCUGCCGACAUGGAGACAGGAGCUGAUAUGGUCCGAAUCGAAGUGGCUGCAGGAACGAAUCUGGAGGAGCAUGUACCUGCCACCUCCCAGCAGGAAGACGUCCUCGUGCCUUGACUUGUUCUGGGAGCCUUUGACCCAGGCAGUCGUCUGCAGUCUGGUCUUAAGCAUCUCAAAUCCCAGCAUGCGAGAAAACGCUCAGGAGAGGAACGAUUUAUUCGAAGGGAGUCUCUCCAUGUACUGCACCGUGGAUGCUUGCUGCCCGAACAUGGGCUGAAGAGCCCACGGAGCCCUCCCAUUAACUUAGAAGACAUUGCUUUCCAGAUAUCAGAGGUGAUCAUUAGCAUCCUCUGUGAGAGGAACAUCUUGCAAGAGACCAUCAACAGGAAAAGCUCUUCGGGGAGGAGAUCCAAGCGCAUUUAUGUCCCGCCUCUCUGCAUAGCCAACUUCGACGAUGUUUAUCACCUUCUUGUGAAGGAGGUUGCCAACCUGCUGUUCUUGGAAAUUGAAACAAGGAGCCAACCCGGGAGCGAAGGCAAAACCAAUGACAUCCUGGCUCACCAGUGAUUACUU